AUGUUAACUAUGUUAACUAAUAAAUGGAGAGUGGAUUUUACUAAUCUUUCAGAACAAGCUCGACGACACGAAGUUCGUGGUCAGAUACAAAUUUCUGAUCCACCGAUAUCCCCACCCGGCUUCGCAUCUGCUACCCAGAACGUUACAAAAGGCAAUUUGAAAAAUAAAAAGGACGCGCAACAAAAUAGUACAGUGGAACAAACAGAUCAAGAAAAACUAAAAAUUAAAAAAGCAUGGGAUGCGGCACUUUCACCAGGAAAGAAUAUACCUAUGAAUGCUUUUAUGUUAUGGAUGAGUGGAAAUGGAGUGCAAAUAUUUAGUGUAAUGAUUACAGGGAUGUUAUUUUUUCAACCAAUUAAAGCUUUGAUGAGUAUAGACAGUGUAUUUGAGCGAUACGAAUCGCCAAAGACAAAACCACUUUUAAUUUGGCCAAAAAUUGUUUAUGUGGCAUUACAACUACUUACAAUGGCACUUGGAUUAUACAAAUGUUCUUCGAUGGGAUUAUUACCUACAGCAGCUUCAGAUUGGUUAGCAUUUAUGGAACCCAAACAGGCAAAAUUAUUUUUCUUGUUCCAACUUUUAUGA